AGGCAGGACUCAGAUGACACCACCCCGCCACCAACCGGAGGAGAAAGGAGGGAAGCUCUCCUUCUAAUCUUUGAGGAUGAUCUAUGUUUUGAGACCGGGACGUGUUUAGUGACUCAUCAACUCAAUCCGAGCACCGGAGAACUUGUUCUCGUCUUCACAACAGCCGCGUGGGAAUACUUUGAAUAAGAACAGUCUAGCCCAGACUCUGGCACCCACCGAGCGCUGGUUGGUGGAAUGUGAAAACCCCCAUUUGGCGCAUGUUCCUCUCCAUUGUGCGCUGCCGUCUGCUGCUUUCUGUGCGCUUGGAACGCGGAGAAGGAGAAGGAAGGAAGACGUUUCGCGACUCGAUCGCUCGCCUAUGGACGACGGCGGUCCUCUCUCUCCAAAGGCGAACGCGUUCAGUAUUGCCUCUCUGAUUUCGACUGCAGAGCAAGCAGGAAACGCGGCGUUUGACAAGCAGAGCCCCGGCCUGGACAAGCCAGACCUGCGCCACCACAGUUCAUUUGAAAUGCAUUACAGCACUGUCACCCGCGAAAUGGAAGCCUUCACGACGAGCAGCCUGACCAGCCUCAACACGGCGGGGGGCUACCACCUCUCCCCGUCCCCCGGGGACCCCUACAGCCAACACGAGUCCCACUUCGAGCCCUGCCCGGCCGCGCAGCACAACUACAACUACCCCGGGUCUAACCCGGGCCAGGCCCCGUCGAGCGACGGCGGGACUCCCAACUGCUCCUCGUCGUCCGCCAACUCCACGCCGAACGGCAAAACCAUCGUGAAGAAGAACCCCAAAGUGGCCAACAUUAAUGUGCAGCUGGAGAUGAAAGCGUUAUGGGACGAGUUUAACCAGCUGGGCACGGAGAUGAUCGUGACCAAGGCCGGCAGGAGAAUGUUUCCGACUUUCCAAGUGAAAAUAUUUGGGAUGGACCCCAUGUCAGACUACAUGCUCCUGAUGGACUUCCUGCCCGUAGACGACAAACGUUACAGGUAUGCCUUCCACAGCUCGUCGUGGCUGGUGGCCGGUAAAGCUGACCCCGCCACGCCGGGCAGGGUGCACUACCACCCGGACUCUCCGGCCAAAGGCGCCCAGUGGAUGAAGCAGAUCGUCUCCUUCGAUAAACUCAAACUCACCAACAACCUGCUGGACGACAACGGCCAUAUCAUUCUGAACUCCAUGCACCGCUACCAGCCCCGGUUCCAUGUGGUUUAUGUGGACCCCCGCAAGGAUAGCGAGAAGUAUGCAGAGGAGAAUUACAAGACCUUUGUUUUUGAGGAAACCCGCUUCACAGCGGUCACAGCGUACCAGAACCACCGGAUCACACAGCUGAAGAUAGCCAGCAAUCCCUUCGCAAAGGGCUUCAGGGACUGUGAUCCAGAGGACUGGCCCAGGAAUCACAGGCCAGGCUCUCUGCCAAUAAUGAGUGCCUUCGCCAGAACAAGAAACCCAAUGUCAUCUCCUCCUCAGCAGAACGGCACAGAAAAAGAAGACAGUAGACGGGAAUACGAGCGAGACCCCAGCGGCACGCCCAUACACGGCGACUCGGCUCACCAACUGAUGUCCCGCGUCCUCAGCCCCGCCCUGCCCGUCCCAGGAGGCCUUCACGGCGUCUCACUCACCAGUGGCCGACCCAGUCCUCCCCACGACCUUCGCUCGGACCCCCAUGGUUUACCCCCGGACACCCUGCACCACCACCCUUACAAGUACCCCACCACCUACGAACACUACCUGGGAGCCAAGACCAGGCCAUCACCCUAUCCGUUACCCGGCCUCAGAGGACACACGUACCACCACCACAUGAACCCGGCCACAGCCAAUAUGUACUCAGCCACCAGUGGCCCCUCUAACUAUGACUACGGGCCCAGAUAAUGACCGCUGUCCACCGGGGCUAACGGCGCUCACUGUUGGAAUGGAAACGGGCAGGAAAGGCAACACAGCCCUGUCUGUUGACGGCUUACGCAACCUGCGGGGUGUGUUCACGGGCUGAACUCGGCUGGAUAAACCCUGCCGUAUUUAUUUAAAGGAAAUGCGACUUUGCGUGAAGCAGGGGCACCUGCUCUGAGUCCUUGAAGAGGUCUACUUUGACCUUUGAACCCAAAUGGCAAUAGUUCCACGCAGGGCACCUCUCACCUGAGCGGUGCAGACAUUGAGCCAGCAAACAGAGGAGGCAGGAGGGACGUCUCCUGAACACAGACAAUACCUUUGAUCACAGACUGGAAAUUAAUUCUAUUUUUUGUGUUGGAUGCACUUUUUUUGAUUUGCCUUGUUUUUAAUUGCUUAAAAAAAAGAAAGAAAGCCAUAUGUAAUAUAGUCCAUCGACCUUCGAGGUAGAUGAGAUGUUUGCAUGUUGAGCUCAUCAGAGGGGGUGUCGAACACACCCAAAUGUUUUUGUUUGAGAAAAAAAAAGAAAACAAGAUUCGAUUUUUUUGAAACGUUCUGAACAUCUCGAGCCGCUCUGAGAAGCUUGUACCACGGCACUGACUUGCAGCAAUUCAAAGUAAAGAAAUGAAGCAGAAUGACUGUUCUGUAUCUGUAAAAUAAACAUUAAAUUCUUGUAAUUCAUUAAACAAAGAAAUUGU